CGCUGCAGUUUUAAAGUUCUGCCGAGGCAGAGAAAGAGAGUUGGAGCGAGUCGAAGUAUCAGGCGACGCGAACAUAUUUUGUCCACCUUUUUUCGACAUUGAAACGAUACUUAUGUGUUUGUUCCACAGUUCCGAUCUCUCUUAGCUUACCUAAGGGCACUUACAAAGCACUUUGGGUGCCUGAGCCGAGCGGAGCCGUAAGAAGAAGUACCUCAGCGUCAGCGAGCGAGCGAGCGAGCGAGCGAGCGAGCGGCGCUGGGAGGGGGGGGUCACGGCAAACGAGUCCGUCGCGUCGCUUUUAAAUAGGAAGCGAAGAAAAGGAUCGUGUGAGAGCGACAAGGUGCUAAAAAUGGCGGAGCCGGAUAAAUUGAACAUCGACUCAAUCAUACAGCGUCUUCUCGAAGUGAAAGGCUCCCGACCAGGCAAGAACGUGCAGCUCACAGAAAAUGAGAUACGUGGUCUUUGUCUCAAGUCCCGUGAGAUUUUCCUCAGCCAGCCAAUCCUGCUUGAACUUGAGGCACCACUCAAGAUCUGCGGUGACGUGCACGGACAGUACUAUGACCUCCUGCGGUUGUUUGAGUAUGGUGGUUUCCCCCCGGAGAGCAACUACUUGUUCCUUGGAGACUAUGUGGACAGAGGGAAGCAGUCACUGGAGACCAUUUGCUUGCUGCUGGCUUACAAAAUCAAGUAUCCUGAAAACUUCUUUCUGCUGAGGGGUAACCAUGAGUGUGCCUCCAUCAACCGCAUAUACGGCUUUUACGAUGAAUGUAAAAGACGGUAUAACAUCAAGCUAUGGAAGACCUUCACGGACUGCUUUAACUGCCUUCCUGUUGCUGCCAUUGUUGACGAGAAGAUCUUCUGUUGCCAUGGAGGUCUGUCCCCGGACCUGCAGUCAAUGGAACAGGUGCGAAGAGUUAUGCGUCCCACUGACGUUCCAGACCAGGGCCUGCUGUGCGACCUGCUGUGGGCCGACCCGGACAAAGACGUGCUCGGCUGGGGCGAGAACGACCGCGGCGUCUCCUUUACUUUUGGAGCUGAUGUUGUGGCCAAGUUCUUGCACAAACAUGACAUGGACCUGAUAUGCAGGGCGCAUCAGGUUGUUGAAGAUGGUUAUGAAUUUUUUGCAAAAAGGCAGUUAGUCACGUUGUUUUCAGCCCCUAACUAUUGUGGCGAGUUUGAUAAUGCUGGCGCCAUGAUGAGCGUGGAUGAAACCCUUAUGUGUUCUUUCCAGAUCCUGAAACCGGCAGACAAGAAGCUGUACCCGUACGCUGGAGCUGGGACCAUGGGCUCUGGACGGCCUGUAACUCCACCCCGUAACUCAAAGGGUGGAAAAGUCAAGAAAUGACACGUGCUGAACGUCUCACACCUUUCUCCUCUUCUACCUCCCUUCUCUCUUUUGCUACCAAACAAAUAGGACCAGCAUCCAGGCUCUAGUUCCCCCAAUUAAUUCUUAAUGUUUGUAACUGUUUUAGAGUUACGUUACGUGUGUGUGUGUGUGUUCGCGCGUGUGUGUUUAUGCCUGAGAGAAGUUGAAUACAGUUUCCUUUCUCCUUGUUUCUGGUCUGUUCCUCUGUCGUCUUCAGUGGGUCGAUUGAAAUGACUUCACAAAUAUUCGCUGGAGAAGAGGGCUGAUGAGACAGCCUUGGAGGAAUGGUGCAUCUUUUUUUUUUUUUUAAUUGGCUUUGUGCUGUUAAUUUUAAUUGAACACCGACGUUUCUCGUGCAGCAGUAGAGGGUGAGCGGUUCUCUUGGGAGCCACCGAAAACGAGAAUAUUUCAUUUAUAUUGGUUUGUAAAAAGUGUUGUGCUUAACAUACAAAUACUGAGGUUAUGUACAGACUUACAGGUCUUUGCAAAUCAAAUUCAAAUUGCCAACAAAAUUGAGAUGUGGCGCAAAAUAUUUUGUUUAUAUUGAUUACUGAGGGGAAAAAAUGUUUUAGUAUUUCAUUGGAAGUCAAUGAUCAAUAAAGAUUUAUUAAAAAAU